AUGAACAACUCAACACCCGAUGGACCUCAUCGCCCAUUGACACUGGCCAACAGCACCGAGAAUCAACCAAUAGUACCUCAAUCCAGCGAGGCGGAGCAAGACGACCCAGCAUCUCUCAGGAUUAGCAUUGAAUUGAACGAUUGUCCAUGUGGAUACUCAGAAGAUGAGAGCCCCUUCGGCGACAGACUAUGGAUGUCCUGCAGCGAUUGGGAAGAAGAUGCUAACAACUACCAGAGCGAAAAUGACGAUAAUUCGGGCGACGAACAUGAAAAACGUAUCCCCCCUCCGGCGGGUGAGGUCGACUAUGUCCAUUUCGGAAAAGGGUUGGAAUAUGAUGGUGAGGGGUGGAUUUGGGAGCAACCGGACGGAGACUUUUGGUCGGAGGUUUGA